GCGGGAUUCCCAGGGCCUUUGGUCCUGUCGCGCUCUCCCCGUGGGCCCGGAGCGCGGGCCACUCGCUGCAGGCCGGGACGAUGGCGUGGCGGGCGUGGAGUCGACAGGUCCGGGGGUCCCCGGAGCUCCGGCUCCGCUCAGGGCUACCUACUAAGGGGCCUCCCGCGCAAGGCCCGCCUUUUUGUCAAAAUGGCAGCGCCCAGCGUCCUCCCGCGGGAGCAGUGAGGGGUGUGUGAGAGCCUUCCCCAUGAGAGUAAGCGGGCCGACGGCGCUCCAGACUUUUAAACACCCAGGUCUGCGUCUCCCGGCCAGCGGUGGAAUCCAUGAAAGAAGUUUCCACAAUGGUUUGUUCAGCUCUCAGAAGAGUUGCCCACGUGCGUGUCUACCUGGUGAGGACGGCAAGUAGUGUCUCCAGAGGCCACCAGCAUCCGGCCUUGGGCUCAAGGCCUGCUACUUCAGAGUCUGCUGCCCGAGGAGCUCUAGGUAGUGUGGUGGAGCUGUUGGGCAAGUCCUACCCUCAGGAUGACUACAGCAAUCUCUCCCAGAAAGUCCUCUCCAGAGUUGGCAGAAAUCUGCACAACCAGCAGCAUCACCCUCUUUGGUUGAUCAAGGAGAGGGUGAAGGAGCACUUCUAUAAGCAAUAUGUGGGCCGCUUUGGGACUCCGCUGUUCUCAGUCUAUGACAACUUUUCUCCGGUGGUCACAACCUGGCAGAACUUUGAUAGCCUGCUCAUCCCAGCUGAUCACCCCAGCAGGAAGAAGGGAGACAACUAUUACCUGAAUCGGACUCACAUGCUCCGAGCGCACACCUCUGCGCACCAGUGGGACCUGUUGCAUGCUGGGCUGGAUGCCUUCCUGGUGGUGGGUGAUGUUUAUAGGCGUGACCAAAUCGACUCCCAGCAUUACCCAGUUUUCCACCAGUUGGAGGCCGUGCGGCUCUUCUCCAAGCACCAGUUAUUUGCUGGUGUGAAGGAUGGAGAAGGCCUGCAGCUCUUUGAACAAAGUUCUCGUUCUGCCCAUAAACAAGAGACGCAUACCAUGGAGGCCAUGAAGCUCGUAGAGUUUGACCUUAAGCAAACACUUACGAGGCUUGUGACACAUCUUUUUGGAGAUGGUCUGGACAUUAGAUGGGUAGACUGCUACUUUCCUUUUACUCACCCUUCCUUUGAGAUGGAGAUCAACUACCAUGGAGAAUGGCUAGAAGUUCUUGGCUGUGGAGUGAUGGAACAACAACUGGUAAAUUCAGCUGGUGCUCAAGAUAAAAUUGGCUGGGCCUUUGGCCUAGGAUUAGAAAGACUGGCCAUGAUCCUCUAUGACAUCCCUGACAUCCGCCUCUUCUGGAGCGAGGAUGAGCGCUUCCUGAAGCAGUUCCAUGUGUCUGAUAUCAACCAGAAGGUGAAAUUUCAGCCUCUUAGCAAAUAUCCUGCUGUGAUAAAUGACAUUUCAUUCUGGUUGCCCUCGGAGAAUUACACAGAAAAUGAUUUCUAUGACUUAGUACGAACAAUUGGAGGAGAUUUGGUGGAAAAAGUUGAUCUUAUAGACAAGUUUGAACAUCCAAAGACACACAAGACCAGCCACUGCUACCGCAUCACCUACCGCCACAUGGAGCGGACUCUGUCCCAGAGGGAGGUGACUCGCAUCCACCAGGCCGUGCAGGAGGCUGCGGUGCAGCUGCUGGCCGUGGAGGGCAGGUUUUGAUGGCGCGGCCGCACCGGGAAUACGGCCCUCAGGUCUCUCGGAUUCACUGAAGAAAAAAAAGGAUAUUGUUUUGAUAAAAGCAUCGGUUUUAGGACUUUCAGACAAUAAAGUUUCGCUCCUGAAAAACUGUUGACA